GGAAACUGUACAGCGGUUAUUGCAGAGAUUACGCCAGCAUAUCCAUUUCCCCUCUGUCAACUUACCGUAUUAUUCCCGUAUCAUAUUACCAGCUCCCUUGGUCUGUUACCGUACCCAGCCUACAUCCAUACAUCCUUACAGUACUCCGUACUCCGUACAUACAGCCAACCAACAGCCUCAUUUCCCCCCCAAACUGGCAGGACGAACUACUCUACCACUCUUAUCAUCUCUCUUUUCUCUCCUCUCUCCUCUCUCCUAUAUCCUUCAAUCCUAUCCCGACUGCUGCUGAAUGUCGUGGACUGGCUGCGCUUUCUUGGAUUCCGCUUCUGACCAGACAUCCAUUCCCAUUGUUGUUUGUGGGUUGACGACAAAUUCCACCUUGUUAUCAUCCUCGAUCUUGUUCUUCUCCUCUGCCCGCUGGAGAGACCCGUUCUCCACUAAAAUUACUAAAUUAACGACACCAACCGCCGUCUGCGUCCUGUCCUAGUAAUCAAGCCAGCAUAGGCGUUGAAUCUCGGCUGGGUGACUUGCUUCCAACCACAUCCCGUGCCCCCUGAUCGUCCCGUCGUCAAAUUUUACAACCUGUCAACUGCUUCCUCUCUCCCUCCCCCCAUCCAUCUCCUGUCUAUCCAAUUGACCCAAAACCCUUGCUCUUUGUGGUCUCGUUUAUCCAUCAUGGCGGCCGAUUUGAGCGGCGAGCAAAUGCAGGCUAAGAUCACCUCUGCCCGUCGCGAGGCAGAGGGUCUGAAAGAUCGCAUCAAGCGCAGGAAGGAUGAGCUUGCUGACACUUCGCUUCGCGAAGUCGCACAGAACAACACGGAUCCCCUCCCACGAAUUGGAAUGAGGCCGCGACGGAACCUGAAGGGACAUUUGGCCAAGAUCUAUGCUAUGCACUGGUCAACGGACCGCCGCCAUCUAGUCUCUGCCUCUCAGGACGGUAAACUAAUCAUUUGGGAUGCCUAUACCACAAAUAAAGUCCACGCGAUCCCUCUACGAUCGUCAUGGGUGAUGACUUGCGCGUAUGCCCCGAGCGGUAACUAUGUUGCUUGCGGUGGUUUGGACAAUAUCUGCUCCAUCUACAAUCUCUCCUCCCGAGAAGGACCAACCCGCGUCGCUCGAGAACUGUCCGGACAUACAGGCUAUUUGUCGUGUUGCCGUUUCGUAAACGACCGUCGGAUUAUCACUUCUUCCGGCGAUAUGACUUGUAUGCUAUGGGAUAUUGAAUCGGGGACAAAAGUCACAGAAUUCGCCGAUCAUUUGGGCGACGUUAUGAGCAUCAGCAUCAACCCCACAAACAAUAACGUCUUCGUUUCUGGCGCAUGCGAUUCGUUCGCCAAACUCUGGGAUAUCCGCGCAGGCAAAUGCGUACAAACUUUCUCCGGCCAUGAAUCGGAUAUCAAUGCCAUACAAUUCUUCCCCGAUGGCAACGCUUUUGGUACUGGAUCGGAUGACACCACGUGUCGCCUCUUUGACAUCCGUGCAGAUAGAGAACUCAACACAUAUCAGAGUGAUCAAGUUCUUUGCGGUAUUACUUCGGUUGCCUUCUCAGUCUCUGGCCGACUUCUAUUUGCUGGCUAUGAUGAUUAUGAGUGCAAGGUCUGGGACGUUCUAAGAGGGGAAAAGGUUGGAUCACUCAGUGGCCACGAAAACCGUGUCAGCUGUCUAGGUGUCAGCAAUGAUGGAAUCAGCUUGUGCACAGGGUCCUGGGAUUCUCUUCUCAAGAUUUGGGCCUGGUAAACUAGCCGAAAUACCUCGAUCGCUGAGUGGUGGUGGAAUUGAACGAACACCCCUCCACCCAUCUUGAAUGGCCGAACCCGCUCCCCUCGUUCGACACGAAAACAUAUCUUGAUAUGUCACCUACUUCUUCCAUCUCUCGCCCCCCCCCCCCCCCCCACCAAAAUGAUAUCCUUCAGGAGGCGUGGAAUUUAAACGAAGAGGCAAAACACUUGGCACUUGGAUGCCUCAAAAAAAAAAAAAAAAAAUCAAAUAAUAGCUAACGGGCUCGCUCCUCGUUCCCCCCCUUUCACCCCCAUCUCGGUGCUUUAUUUGCAAAGACGACAUACAACUACACACUACGAUGACAUGAAGAAACCCUUAGUCCACUUAUCAUCAGCCCCCCACCACCCAUAACUCUGACUACAUACCCCUUUUUUAUUCUCUUUUAUUUUUCGGCAAUAGAAGGAAGAGAAGGCGAGGAGCCAGGAGCUUCCCGCCACAUACGGAAGAGGAAGAAACAAGGCUCGCACGAAUAGGAAUAUUGAAUAAUAUCUUCCUAUAUGGUUGUUGGGGGAAUCUGUUAUUUCCUGUCGUUUUUUAUUUAUUUUGUAUUUUUUUUUCCCCUCAGUUCCACUUCAGUAUAUCCAAGUUACUCUUUUGCGUGUUUGUUUUGUGUUUCCAUAUCGUCCUCGUUCUCUUUUCUAUUUGCCGAGUUUUGCCUAUUUUGUCUAUCCUCCUUCUUUUCCAGACAGGGGGCCUCCGAUCGAUUCCCCGCAUGUUUCAUUACUUUGAUUCCCUACACUUUCUUCACCUUUUGUUUUGCCAAUUAGCGCCGGUUCCUUAUUCUCCCUUCUCCCUUGACCACCCUACACCUACGGGCUUGGAAAGGAUUGCGAAGCUUCACAUCUUGUUAUCCCCUAGUUCUUUCUCUCCUGGAUUUUCUUUUGUCCCUUUAAAGGUCAGGCUAUGAAUCUGUUUUAGUUUCCUUUCUCUGUAACCUCUUUAGUUCUGUCAAAUUUUGUGAUUUGUAUUUUUUAUGUUUUUUUCCUGUCAUUUUCUAUUUUUCUUUCUCUCCCCGUUGUUCCUUUCAGGGGGUUUCUUCCUGGUUCCUCAUUUCCUUUAAUCCCAUUUCUCUUCUUGUCUGUUCUCUUUCUUUUCUUUUCUUCUUCUUUUCGUCUUUCUAUCUUCUCGAGUUACCCAGGUGUGUACUACCUCAAUAUUUUCCUUUUCCUUUUUCCAUUUCCACUGUUUGUUUUCCAUUAUUUUCACAUUUCUUCUGGCCUCUACCCGCCUCUACUUAGUACUUCUUGGACCAAUCCAACCAAUACUUACCACGCUCUCACCCUCAGCUAUGUAUGCUUCUAUUCCCCAUUUACUCCUUGCCAUUAGUUGUUUAUCUCUCUAUGUUGAUUCAAUUGCCUGUUGUUAACCCUCUCCUUUUUUGUUAAAUAUGAUGGCCUGCAAAAAAACAAAUGCAAACCCUACACAUCUAUUCGCGCCCAAAUCACCCACGUAUGCUAAAGGCCAGAGUAAAUGUUUCUUGUGGCGUUGGGUUUUUGACCCCCUCUCUUUUUUUCCCCUUCUUGGUCUUAUCUUAAUAUUUGGGUUUUGAAAUCCUUCUUAAAAAAUGAACUAUCGCAUUCGCAUUUUCAAUCAAUGGGGACCUAGUCAGCCUAUUCUUUCCUAGCUUGUGAUGGGGGAUGGUAAGGAGGUAGCGUUUGUAUGAGGAAAGAGUGAAGGAAACGCACGGAGAAGCAAGAGCUCAUGGCUAGACUGGUCAGUGAGAUCAUGAAUUUCACAUUUGAUCUCAUUUAUGUGAAAGGUGUAAAGCUUGCUUGAUUGAAAAAAUUGCUAGCUUGUGAAAAGUUAUAUGAUGAAAGAAUUAAUAAGUCAGAACAUAUGAUCUGACAAUUUAAU